CCUGAAAACCGCUUGGACAUGCCUGCUGGUCUCUGGAGUGAGUCUGUCCCACCAAGAGACAGGCAAGACAAGCCCCAGUCCUGCUCACCCGCCUUCCUUCACUUGCCAGGGCGGUGAAGGACGGCGCUCAGCUAAUUGAGGAUUAAGCUGGCAAGUGAAUCCAGUUGGAGGUUGUGACCGUUGCGCUGACCACAAUGUCCGCAAGUGGAACAUGAGAGUGGAGAGAGCUGAGGCGAGGAAGGGGAGUGCCUGGCUUGCCACUUGAGGCAGAGACUUGCUCUUUUUCUUGAAAGCUUGGCAAGAGGGCCAACGAUUUUCCUACUCUUCCAGACGAAGUUUCAUCCCACAAGUUACUGUGCUGGGGCCAGUCUUGAAGAGCUUUGGAUGCUGGGGAAAAGGUGCUCGUUGGAAGCUGUGGAGGUUUCAACAUGGACAUGGAAGAGCUGGCUCGGGAAAGCAUCAGCUUGCUGGCCAAGCCUUCUUUGGAGUCGGACCGGCCCAGCCUCUCCUCCUCGGGAGCUGUCUUCAUCCUGCUGAAGUCGGCCCUGGGCGCCGGGCUCCUCAAUUUCCCCUGGGCGUUCAACCGGGCCGGGGGAAUUGGCCCGGCUGUCCUGGUGGAGCUGGGCUCUUUGAUCUUCCUCAUUAGUGGCCUAGUGAUCCUCGGCUAUUCCACCUCCAUCAGCACCCAGACGACAUACCAGGGCGUGGUGCGGGAGAUCUGUGGGGCCGCCGUCGGGAAGCUGUGCGAAGCCUGCUUCAUUCUCAACCUCUUCAUGAUUUCCGUGGCUUUUCUCAGAGUCAUGGGGGACCAGUUAGAGAAAUUGUGCGACUCCUUCCGCCCCAACGACACGGCGAGCGGAGGGGCGGCUCGCCAUGACUGGUUCGCGGACCACCGCUUCGCCUUGUCUGCGCUGAGCAUCCUGGUCAUCUUGCCCCUCUCCAUCCCGAGGGAAAUUGGGUUCCAGAAGCACACCAGCAUUCUCGGCACCCUGGCUGCUUGCUACCUGAUGCUUGUCAUUGUGGUAAAAUACUACCUCGAUACGGAUCGCAUUUGGCCAAGGGGGCUGGCCUUUAACCGUUUCCCUCUCAACUCUUGCAGGGCUUCCUCUUGGGCCUCCAUGUUCAGCGUGAUCCCAACCAUCUGCUUUGGUUUCCAGUGCCACGAAGCCUGUGUCGCCAUCUACAGCAGCAUGGGCAACAAGAAGCUGUCGCACUGGGUGGUCGUGUCCGUGACGUCCAUGCUCUUCUGCUUGCUCAUUUAUUCCCUGACAGGGCUUUACGGCUACCUGACGUUUGGAGCCGAUGUCGCUGCCGACAUUCUCAUGUCCUACCCGGGAAACGACGUGGUGGUCGUCAUAGCCCGCCUGCUGUUUGGCGUCUCCAUCCUCACCAUCUACCCCAUCGCCCUUUUGCUUGGACGGUCCGUCCUGCAGGACGUUUGCCUGAGCGCCAAGUGCGGCUUGGCCCUGACAAGGGAGCCCCACGAGAAAGGGCUGCGGGUCGUGCUCACGACGGGCUGGGUCGUGGUCACGCUGGCCAUCGCCCUGUGCGUCCCGGACAUCAGCAAAGUCAUCAGCGGCAUCGGCGGCAUCAGUGCCUUCUUCAUCUUCAUCUUCCCAGGUCUGUGCUUGGUGUGCGCAAUGCAGACAGAACCCAUCAAGGCCAGGACCAAGUUCUGCCUAAUUACCUGGGGGGUCCUCACCGUCCUUUGUGGAGCGUUCAUCUUCGGGCAAAGCACAACCAUUGCUGUCAUGGAACUGUUGUACAAGCUCUAGCCUCGCGGUGGCAGCAGUGAAAAGAGGCUCCUCCAUCUGAUGGCGUGGAGAUUUU